AUGACAGAAUUUAUUUGGGAUCCCUAUCUCAACAACACUCGACUCGCAGGUCUUCGAAACACAAAGGCGAACGGCUCAACGGAUCACGGCUACGAGGUUGCCCAAGAACAUGAGCCUCGAGCACCCAGAUUCAUCAUCAUUGGCGGUGGCCUUUGGCAUGCACGCUAUCUCACUACUAGCAAUAACAGCAUGAGCGCCGAAGACGUUUCGCCUAUCUAUUCCUCCUACCUCAGGCGCUUCCUCGAGUCCCGUCACAACGCCACCGAGACAGAGAUCGUUCCAGUCUUCUUGCCUAUCCAGCCGUACCAUCCCUGGCUCGACCAAGAGCGCCGAAAGUUCUUCGCUCCGUCCCGAAUCAAAAGAAUGAACAACGUCUUGCGUGAUGUAUCCGAGGAAUAUCAACUCAAUGUGUUCUGGGCAAGCACCAAGAUGACUACCGGUUCAGCGGCGUUCCAAGCAGAUGGCCUGCACCUCAAACCUUUCGUGGCCAAGAAGGAGCUCGAAGUUCUCUCGACGCGUCUCUGUCCGAGAAUGCAAGAUCACACCUGCUGCUCAAAAUCCGCAGACACCGCACAGGGCCAAGUCCUCAUCCUUUUCGCAGCCAUCGCGACAGUCACCGGGUCAUGCCUUCACAGAUCUGCUGCUGCUCGAGCGCUUGCAGUCAUGGCCGCCACGCUCAUCUACUGCUUCUGCGCUGACAGGACAAUGCUCUUCGAGAGAGUCAACAAGCUGGUCGAUCCCCAAUUAUUCAUAUUCUUCUGCUUCUUCGCGCUUGGCGCUGGCAUCAUGACCACAUCCAUAUGUUCCGCUGACGAGAGUCUCUGCCGCGAGCAGACUCAAGAAUGGAAAGGCUGGAUGCAGAUCGUCAUCCUUCUCUACCACUACUUUGGCAUGUCUCGCAUCGUCUGGGCCUACCGAACAGUCCGAGUGCUUGUCGCGGCAUACUUCUUCCUCACAGGCUAUGGUCACGCAACAUACUUCAUUCGCACCAGAGACUUCUCCAUGCGCAGAGUCGCCGCAGUUCUGUUGCGGACGAACCUUCUCAGUUGCAUACUCCCGUUCAUCAUGGACACGUAUUAUCAGUUCUACUACUUUCCACUACUGACAUCCAUUUGGGUCUUGAUCACUUGGGCCACAGUCCCAUUAGAACUCAACUGGUACAGCAGCCUUCGGGUGGUCUACUCAGCAGGCGCGACAACGAUAGCCUAUGCGCGGUCAGAUCGUUUCUUCCGCUUGCUGUCACGCAUGGGCAUGAUGGAGAUUGACGUCAGGGAGUUCAAGUUCCGCUUCGGCCUGGACUUGUACGCUGCGUACGCCGGCAUGCUGUUAGCCAUGCUAAUAGCCUUGCGUCCAGAUCUAUUCACCAUCCAGAACCGCAUCACGCAAGUCAUUUCCUGGACAGCAACACUUCUCGCCACGGCUGUCUAUCUUUCUCACGCCACAAAUGCCGACAAAGAGACCUUCAACGCCACCCACCGUUACACCUCCAUUAUCCCUAUCCUCAGCUACGUCUUCGUCCGCAAUGCCUUUGCCGCGUGGCGUAGCCGCUAUAGCCGCUUUUUCGCCUGGUUCGGACGGCACUCACUCGAGACUUUCGUCCUCCAGUACCACAUCUGGCUUGCUGCAGAUACCCACGGAAUUCUGCAUCUCGGUCUGAUCGAUCGCAACUAUACCGAGGAAAGUACGAGAGGAAGCUGGCGGUUCUGGGUUGAGGUAGUCUUGGUCACGGCUUGCUUUCUGUGGAUCUGCUCAGCCGUUGGUCGGGCGACGGGCGUAAUCGUGAAAUGCAUCAUGGGAGGCCCGCAGAGUGAAGAUGGCUCGUAUGAGAAGAGUGAUGAGCUGAUCAGCCAUCAGCAUUCGGCUUUUGCGCCAAAUAUGCCAUCAUCAUCAGAGAAGUCCGCCAUCAACGAGGACUACAACGUCGACCAUGGACGAUCAGAGAAAAUUGCCCUCCCAUCUUCGCCACAAGCGGCCAUCCCACCACAAUCAUCACCACACGAAAGACCUGCUGAACUUGACGAAUCCCCACCACCGGAUGGAGGUUAUGGGUGGGUAUGCUGCCUCGCCGUGACGGGCAUAAAUGGCUUCAUCUGGGGUAACCUGGCGUCAUACGGUGUCUACCUUUCCUAUUACCUUACCAACUCUGGGCGCUACGGUGGCACUCCCAUAGCAUACGCUUUCAUCGGCGGUGCCAACUUCGCUGCCGCCAUGCUGAUCGCGCCGCUGACCAACAUCCUUAUUCGACGCUAUGGUACGAAGUUCCCAAUGUAUCUAGGCAUCCUCCUAUGGCUCGCGGGCUGGAUCGCCGCUUCCUACUCCCACAAAUACUGGCAAUUUUUUCUUUCGCAAGGCAUCCUCGUCGGACUGGGCGCUGGGCUAAACUGGUUGCCAGCUGCGCCUAUCCUCCCUCAAUGGUUUUCCCGCAAGCGUAGCUUGGCUCAGGGACUAGCGAGCUCUGGGAGCGGGACAAUUGGUGUGAUCUAUGCCGUCGCAACGACACCUAUGAUUGAGAACCUCGGCCUUGGCUGGAGUCUGCGGAUCACGGGAAUCACGAGCACGGCGGUCCUACUUGCAUGUACUUGGGUACUGAAGGAUCGGAAUGUGAGCACCAAGGCGGACGUGAGGCCAUUCGACGUCAGGCUGUUGCGAGACAAAGGCGUGUGGUUAUUGAGCGGUUACACAUUCUUUGGUACCCUGGGAUACAUGGUCGUGAUCUCAAGCUUUUCGGCUUUUGCUGGCUACACACAAACCCAGGGUGGGAACGCCAUCGCAAUUCUCAACGCCGGUACCGCACUAGGCCGCCCCUUGAUUGGCAUUCUCAGCGAUAGAGUCGGAAGGAUCACCACUGCGUGUGGUAUUACGGCUUUCAACGCACUACUCGCUUUUGCAUUCUGGAUCCCGGUCACCACCUAUGCGCCGCUCUUGGUGCUGGCGAUCAUCUAUGGAGGAACGUGCGGUGUCUUCUGGGCGACGAUUGCCCCACUCUCCGCCGAAGUCGUCCCUCUCUCGCAGAUCGCCUCUCUCCUGUGCCUCCAGUGGCUGACCGUGUCAAUGCCCUCACUCGUAUCGCAAGCCAUAGCGCUGGAGAUUCGUCAGCCAUUGAGACCGGGUCCCGGAGGCGGAAGGUGGGUAUUUGUCUAUCCACAGGUGUACACCGGGAUCACGUACACAAUCGCCGCCCUGUUUCUGCUGGAGUUGAGAAGGCAGAAAGUUGGGCUUUGGGCUUGGGAGCGGCAUGCGGCUGUGAGAGAGGUCGUGAAGAAGGAUGAGGAAGAGAGAGCAGCGGUUGGCCAGAGGCACGCAAUGAGCUCGACACACGCUGUCGAAGGCGCUAAAUGA